CUCACCACCACCAUCUUACCACGCCGCGGCGACCAAUUUCAACGCGUUGGUCGCAUACUCUCCCUUCCUCUCUUAUACUGGUCGCAUAUCUACAUUUAUAGGUUUCGCAUUGCGACAUUGGAAUAUCCAUUUGUUAUUUCCAAUUGAGAAUAAAGCGUUCCGCAAUCUCACCAUGGCCACCAAAACCGCGACAGCCACUGCGCCCGCAGAUACACCACCAACAGCCACCGCCGCAGAACCUGUAGUCCCCAAGAAGCGCGGACGCCCGAGGAAGGUCGUCGUCGAGGAACCUGCUGUGGUGGAGGAAGUGAAAAAGGCAACCACGAAGAAGAUUCAUACAAAGACAGCGAGCGCAAAGGCUACGAAAGCUACGAAGAGCGCAAAAGCGGAGACAGAGGAGGGGGUGGCCGAGGCUGUUACAAAGAAGACUACAAAGGCGGCGAAGAGCACUACUGCGACGGCAAAGAAGGCUGUGGCUGCUGUGAAGAAGACGGUUGCGAGUGCGACGGGGAGUAAGAAGGCUGCCAGUACGACAUCAACACCUGCUGUGGAUGAGAAAGAGGAUGUGGGAGUAAAGACAGAGACGAAGGCGACACCAGCGACGCCGGUGACGCCGGAGACAAGCAAGAUAUUACAAGAGGUUGCUGCGAAAGGGACAUUGAAGAGCGUAUCUACAUCUUCUACCACAACUACGACCAUACCUCCGCCAACUCCUGCAACCACAAAGACUCCCGCCGCAUCAUCACCAGCAGCACAACCUCCAACACCCUCUCAACCACCAAAAGCAACAUCUCCACCACCCUCGCAACCUUCAAAACCAAUCUCACAACCCGCGCCCACUCCAUCCGCCGCAAAACCACCACCACCGCAACCCACACGAACAACAACAAUACCCCUCCCCGCAAAACCUCACCACCCACCACCACCCCGACCCUUCCAACCGUCACACCUCCGCACCCCAAUUGACACCCCCUCCUCCUCUUCGACCACACGAGCAACCAUCCAACAACACCCUCCGAACUCAAAGCCUCCACCUCACCCACAACCCCAAACAAACCCCGACGGGUCCCUACACAAGAAAUACAAGCCCGCGGCGCGCAGAGUCACCGCAAUCAUGGUCGGCAUACCAAUCGUGGUCGUCACAUCGUACGAACUGUACAGACGCUUCUUCGGCGACAAAAUAAACCUAAAAUACGACUUCUCCUCCCCGAUCUCCUCCUCUCAAGGAACGAAGGAGUUCCCGUCGAACAUGAUCGAGAAACCAGCUCCGCCACCUUCUCCGGAAGCUUCUUCUUCGUAGAUAUUGCAUCGUAACGAAUUGUGGCAUAGCGUACCGCACAGCACACCGCACCGCAUCGUCCCGCGAUACACCGACAUCAAACUGGUUUUCUAGUACUAUAUUCUUACCCAUCAUCCCCCCGCCGCUUGUGGGAGGAAAUCACAUCACACAUACGCAACCGAAUCGAAUCCGGCCGGUUGCCAUCCAUCUAUCCUCUUAUAAUGUAUCUAUCUGACGAGUUCAACACGAAUUCAAUAUCUCAUAUUGGGGGGAGGCGGGUCUUUGGACAAAAACGAAAUCUCGCUCUAACGUCAUAUCACGAUAAGGCGGGGGAGGAAUUGGAUAUAAUGAAACGCCGUCGCAUAUACACGCCACACGCCACUCACAUCAAAUGUCACAUGCUGAUAGAAAUGCUUUUAAUGAAAUAAUAUGUC